UUCGAGUUUUGUGAACGUUACCUUUGUCUUGGAUUUUGCAUCAGCGAAGGAUGCUUGCUCUCUUUCCGGCAUCUACACAUGUUCCAUAGAAAUGGUAGACAAACACAUUGCAACUGAGAGCGACAGCACUUCGUUGAACUUUUCAGUUCCCGUUUCUGAUUUGUCUCUCCACCUCCUUCCUCGAUAUCAAUAUGGAACAUAUGAUUUCGUCAACUGUAGUGCAAACACAAUGAAACCAGCAACAACUACUCUCUCCCUGGAAGUUUGUGAUGCAGACUCGACCUUUAUUCCUUUCGAAAUGUACAACACAUCAUUCGUUGUUUACAAUGAGACUGGUCUGAAGAAUGAAAACUGUUCCCAGCAAAUACUGCUGAAUUACCAGGUUCUUUUCAAUUCUCAAAUGAAUGUCUCUUUGCGAUGUAGUUUUCACGAUUCCUUCAAAAACACAACCCUACCUACAUCAUGCAGGAUACCCGAGAUUUCAACUGCAUUAGUGGUUGGUGUCAUGGAUCCUCCAAGCCAUGACAUUAUGAUAGAAAACAAAACGGAAUUGUUUUGUUAUUUCAAUGUGAGUAGUUUUGAGUGGGAUGCGGUUCUAUUAGACUUUCAAAACGAGUCUUCAAUCUCUCGAAGAAUUGUUCGACUCACAAACGGUAGCAGAGAUUGGCAUGAAGGUCAAAUAAAUGCGACUUUGAGAGAAGAUUCGAGUUUUGUGAACGUUACCGUUGUCUUGGAUUUUGCAACACCGAAGGAUGCUUGCUCUCUUUCCGGGAUCUACACAUGUUCCAUAGAAAUGGUAGACAAACACAUUGCAACUGAGAGCGACAGUACUUCGUUGAACUUUUCAGUUCCCGUUUCUGAUUUGUCUCUCCACCUCCUUCCUCGAUAUCAAUAUGGAACAUAUGAUUUCGUCAACUGUAGUGCAAACACCAUGGAACCAUCAACAACUACUCUCUCACUGGAUAUUUGCAAUUCUGAUUCCACAUUUACUCCAAUUCAGAAAUUUGUAGAUACGACCAGUUUGAAUGAGACUAGUCUGAAAAACGAAAAUUGCACUUACAAAUUGAUGCUUAGUCAUCUUAUUUACUUUAAUAAUCAGACUGGCGUAUCAUUCAGAUGUAGUGUUAAAAAUUCCAAUUUAAAUGCAACGAUGGAAUCCAACUGCACAACUAUAACUGUCGUUCCACAGCUUGUGACUGCGGAGAUGUCCCCUACAGUAUUUGCUAAACUAGGCACUGUUACAGAAAUGAUAUGCUCCAUUCAAACCAAAGGUUUGGCAUGGACAUCCGCUUCUAUAAGACGACAUAACAAAACGGCAUCCACUGUGAUUUUAACUAUACAUAAUGACAGCAGGGUAGAAUCACGGGACUCUAAAAUUAACGGCACAGGCAAUAUUGGUGUUGGAUUUGUAAAUAUUACAGUGCUGAUCGAUACAAGUUCAGAUUCAGAAAUAUGUGAAUUGAAUAAAAACUACUCUUGUGACAUUGAUAUCAUAGACUCAUCAAUUCAAACUAUAGCUGCCAAUAGUUCUUUUAUGAUACAAGCUCAAUUGUCUGCAAUCAAUAUUUCUACCGAAUCUUCCUAUCUGAGUGGAUCCAACUCCACUAUAGACUGCACUGUUGACCAUGGUGACAUUAGGGACACAAAUGUUUUCUUGGAAGUCUGUCAAAAUGGAAGUUUUGAAAAUUUGGAGGCAACAGAACUGGUGACUAGAGAUGUAUUGAAAUUGGAUAACGACACUGACGUAUCGUGCUCGAAUAAAACAUUAUUCCGCUUUCAUAUACUUAUGAUGGAUUCCAGAAAUGGGUCGUCUUUCCGCUGUCACGGUAAAGAUGAUCUCUACAACAUAUCUUUGCCAACCCGUUGCGUGUCAAUCAGUGUUACGCAAGUCAAAGCUAUCGUGGAACCAGCCAAAAUAUAUGGAGAGCUGAACUCUACAGUUUCCUUUCAAUGCAGAAUCCCUCUAUCCAGAUCUUAUUUCUCUGCAUUCCAGUUGCUCAAUAAGUCUUCUCAUCCAAUUUUGGCAAUUAAUUUUGACAACUACACCAUCCAACCUCAGAAUGAUCGAGUUUUCGCAGUUUAUACUAGCGAUCAGUUUGAUGAGUACAGAGCAGUGAAUUUCACCUUUGAUCUGAGAUCUGGAGAUGACGUUUGCAACAUUGCUGGAGUUUAUAUUUGUAGGGUUACAAGUUUCAACGAAAGUCUCCUGCUUCCUGGAGAAAAUGAAAGUCAAUUGGCCAUAGCAGCUUCCCCUUCUGAAAUAACCCUCGAGAUUAAGGAUAGUUAUCCUGAGAAGGAAAUUAAUCAGACCAUCAACUGCACCGCAUUAUUAAACCCUGAUACAACUACAUUAGCACUUGUGAGACUAUCUAAUGAAAGUUAUACUAUUGUUCCAAAAAACAUCACAAAAACUUCCAUACAGCCUACAAGAACUGAUGACUGUCGCCAUUUGGUGAAGUUGAUAGUAUCGACAACAUUUGACCGGUUUAAUCAAUCUACAGUAGCUUGCUUAGCGAAGGACGUCGUAUUUGGUGAUUUUUUCUCUGUCAAUAAAACUAUAUUUAUUGUUAAGAAUGAUAAUCCUUGAAUUUUCCUGCUAAAUCUACUGAUAGAUCCUCGCCAAUAGAUUUCUUUUAUCCAACUAAAAGCGAACAUAUCACUUCAUGUACAUGUGUCUUUGUAAUAUAGU